GGCAUAAAAGGCGCCAGGUGAGGGCCUCGUCACUCUCCUGCUGAUCACGGCUCCGGUGGCCAGUGUCGCUCAGUCCUCUGCCUCGCCAUGACUUCCUACAGCUAUCGCCAGUCGUCGUCCUCCUCGUCCUUCGGCGGGCUGGGAGGCGGCUCCGUGCGCUUUGGGGCGGGGGGCGCCUACCGUGCGCCCAGUAUCCACGGGGGCUCCGGUGGCCGCGGCGUGUCUGUGUCCUCCGCCCGCUUGGUGUCCUCGUCCUCCGGGGGCUAUGGCGGAGGCUACACCGGGGGCUUUGCCAGUGCUCUGGCGGGGUCCGACGGGCUGCUGGUGGGCAACGAGAAGGCCACGAUGCAGAACCUCAACGACCGCCUGGCCUCCUACUUGGACAAGGUGCGCGCCCUGGAGGCGGCCAAUGGCGAGCUGGAGGUGAAGAUCCGAGACUGGUACCAGAAGCAGGGGCCCGGGCCGUCCCGCGAAUACAGCCACUACUUCAAGACCAUCGAGGACCUUCGGGACCAGAUUCUUGGUGCCACCAUUGAGAACUCCAAGAUUGUCCUGCAGAUCGACAAUGCUCGUCUGGCAGCAGAUGACUUCCGAACUAAGUUUGAGACGGAGCAGGCCCUGCGUAUGAGUGUGGAGGCCGACAUCAAUGGCCUGCGCCGGGUGCUGGAUGAGCUGACCCUGGCCAGAGCCGACCUGGAGAUGCAGAUUGAAGGCCUGAAGGAGGAGCUGGCCUACCUGAAGAAGAACCAUGAGGAGGAAAUCAAUGUCCUGAGGGGCCAGGUGGGUGGCCAGGUCAAUGUGGAGGUGGAUUCUGCUCCGGGCAUCGAUCUUGCCAAGGUCCUGAGUGACAUGCGAAGCCAAUAUGAGGUCAUGGCUGAGAAGAACCGGAAGGAUGUGGAAACCUUGUUCACCACCCAGAUGGACACAUUGAACCAAGAGGUCACCAGCCAUAAGGAGCAGCUCCAGAUUAGCAAGUCCGAGGUCAAUGACCUGCGGCGUACCCUGCAGGGUCUUGAGAUUGAGCUGCAGUCGCAGCUCAGCAUGAAAGCUGCCCUGGAAGGCACACUGGCGGAAACGGAGGCCCGCUAUGGAGCCCAGCUGGCGCAGAUCCAGGCGCUGAUCAGCAGUCUUGAAGCCCAGCUGGGUGAUGUGCGUGCUGACAGUGAGCGGCAGAACCAGGACUACCAGCGGCUCAUGGACAUCAAGUCGCGGUUGGAGCAGGAGAUCGCCACCUACCGCAGCCUGCUUGAGGGCCAGGAGGCCCACUACAACAACCUGCCCACGUCCAAGGUCGUCUAAGCAGGCUCCUGUGGAGGGAUUUCCCUGGGUUGGGAGCAUGGGAAGGGAGGGAUGCUUACCCCUUGCUCUUCUCCUGAACUGCCAAUAAAAUUUAUGGCCCA